AUGUCGACCUCCUUUCUUACUCGUGGUUUAUCGUCGUUUCUGUUUAAAUCGUUUGCGAUCGGUUCGUCCAGCGUCGCGGGUCGAACUGCCGGUCCGAACCAGUCCCUGUUCCAUUCCACCAGCAACACCGAGCCGGAGGAUUCCGUUCGGUUUGAUAAGCUAGAAACGGUGCCCAGCGCAUGCAUCCAACUGUUUGUUACCCUUACGCUGACGAUCAUUUCGGUGAUCUACACACUUCAGCAAUGUGAUACCACCACGGUGUGUGUGUACUACUACAUGCUGCUCUACCUGCGUGGCGUCUAUUGGGCGAUUGUUUAUCUAAUCCAUCUGUACACUAAAAGCCGCCACCAAAGCCUGAAUCGCUGCGGCCACCAUACGUUCGCCGCGAGGGUACACCGGCACAAGAAAUCCAGCCUGCAGCUGGUAACGCUAUCGAACAUGGUGCUGCUAACGGUACACACCGCGAUGGGUCACGGCUUUGGGGAAACGUUUAUGCAACGAUGCUUUGUGGAGGGCUUUUCGUCCGUUGUGUUUGUAGCGUCCUUCACCCUGCUGGAGACGAUGGUUAUUGUACCGGUACAGCUAUCUUACAUCGUUCAAGUUCGCGUGUUCAAUCUGACCCGCCCAAUGCCCGACGCACAGCACAGCGCUAACGAUCUGAGCUUAAGAUUGUGCCCGACCGAGGAUUACAGCGUCAACGACAGCUUCAAGAGCAUUGCCGAUCCGAAAGAGUUCGUCCAGCUGCAGGCAGCGUUGAUAAGUAAGCUGAAGGAGGAGAACGAUCAGCUGCACAGCAGGAUACAGGAGGCAAGAUGUAUGGUCGAACUCGCGCCGAACCAAUCGCUCAACUAUUCGCUGGCGGAGCAAUCUAUCGUUGGAGGUUAUUGAUAAGCCGUAAGCAUCCCUCUUAAAUUGUACAUCGCCGUCUCUGCGUAGCCAAAACCAGAGUAGCUUUGCGUGCAAGGACGGUGGAAUUUGGCUCCCUUUUUUUACUACACGUGUAGUAUUUUUUGAACAUAUUUUGUUUGUGUAUAGUGCGAUUCUUUUGCUACACUGCACCGCUAUGAUCAAUAAAGAUGGAUGGAUGAUUGUAUGAAAA